AAGAAAACCCUUGGAGGAAUAAAAAAAAGAGAGUUUUCGUAAUUGAGAAAUAGUUUUUGGUUUCCAUGAAUGGGCGAAAGUACCCUUUCACAGGAACAGUGAUCCUACUGAAAAUCCUGUAACCCCCUACGCCACAAGCCGAACAGGAUGAAGUCGUACUGGGGGGCAAAAUCGUCCUUCAAAAUUGAUAAAAGGCCGUCCUUCCGGUCGGAGCCUCCUUCUCCAGUUUUCCUUUUCCCCCUAUAAACCGUUUUCUUCUUCCAUAACUCCACCACCAACCGCCCUUCCUCCCCCCUCUAUCGCUCCUCUUCCUCUUUCUAUAUCUCUCGCACACGAAAACGAAGAUACAAAAAUUUCAGAAAAUAUUAUAAAAACCAAUUUUUGCAGUAAUUGAAGAAAAUAGGCCUCUUCCGUGUAUCAGUCUCUUCUUCCUACAGAGAGGAAGUCAAGGGAAUGCGGUUUUAGGGUUUUCUCUCUGUGCCCAGACCCAGACUUCUUUGGCUGAUGUAAUUUUUUAAUUGGGAAUGGGAGGCAAAGUUAGGGUUUGCUUUUCAGGUGCAUUGUAUUGGGUAGGGGGUAAUUUUUUGUGGGGUUAAAUUUUUGUUUUUUUUGUUGAUCAUAUGUCGUUUAUAUAGUGUUUGAGUUAAUGGGUAAAUUUGUUUAACAUAGGAUGGCUUGUGGAAAUUCGAUUUUAGUUGAGGGUCUUUUGUGUGAGCAUGUCACCGAGCAGCAGAUGGGCUCAGAGAUCUUGGUGCAAUCUGUUCCUGAGCAGCCAUCCUGCUUAGAGCCUUUACUUGAUUCUGAUGUUCAACAUGCCAGUGUACCAGAUGGGGCUCCGGGAUUGUCUAGGAAUGACAAUGUUGGUUGUGUGAGCUCUGGUGAGGUUAUAGAGUCGUGCAAGGUUGAUAGAGAUGGUUUGGUGGGUGAGUGUGAGAAUGCGGAUGAUUUGGAAUUGCGAAGUACGUUGAGCGGAGAAUGGAGGCUCAAUAGGUGUUGCUCAACUGAGAGUCAGAGUAAUGUUGAUGGUUCCAAUAGUGAAAGUGACCGGACGUGCUUGAAGGAAGGUGGGCCUCAACUUGAGGAUGGAUCUGCUGCUUUAGUUGGGGACUGUGAAAUCCCUUUGGAAGUCAUAUGUCAGACUGGUUCAUCAGGAGAUGGUGUCCAACAGGAUGAGCAGAGAGAUGAUAAGAGUUUUAGUUCUCUCUAUUCUAAAGAGGUUAUGGAAGUUACGGAAGAGAAAGGUGACAUUUAUCUUGAGAUAAAAAAUGAUAUCUGUGAACCAGUAUCUCCUUUGCAGGGUGUUGAAAUUCCCUCAGAACCAGCAGAAAUGGAGGCUUGCAGUAGUCCCCAUAAAGAAGAGAAGGGUUUCAACAUCUUAGCUGGUCCCUCUUUGGAAGCUGCGUAUAAGGAGAGUGUUGUUUCCAGUGGGAUAGAAGAUGAUUUGUGCAACAGGACAUCACCUGCACGAGAUGUUGAAAUGCAUUCAGAAGUAUCAUUUGCAUGUGAUUUAGUGCCUAAUUGUGACUGUAAGAAUGAGCAGAUGGAUGAUAGUGGUGUUAGUGGUCUGAGCAGCCUCUCUACUGAAAGAACUACAGAGGUUGUUGAGAUGAAAAGUAAUGUUGAUACAUGCACUCAAAUAUUUCCUUCGCAAGGUUUUGAGAGGGCCUUGGAAGAUUUACAUAUGCCUGAUUUACUGAGUAGUUGUGCCCAACAGAAUGAUCAGAUUAGUGAUAAAAUUAUUGAAGGUUUCUUGGUAGAAAGGUCUAUAGAGAUUCUGGAAAAAAACAGUGAUGUUAUGACAGAUGUAGAGGCUGUAAUUCUCACGCAAAUAUCUCCUGUAAAAGUUGAUGUCCACUAUUCUAAGGAAGGUCCCUCCGAAAUAGCUUCCAACUGCAUUAUUGAGAACUCUGUUUCUAUGCAGUCAUGUCAAACCUUAGGGAUUGCCGAGAACAGUGUCAGUGGGCUCUCUACUGAUAUGGUGGUUGUUAUGAAAAGCAAUAUUAAUGAAAUAUUGCCUCCAGAGGGUUGUCAGGGGGCCUUUGAAGGUUCACAUGUGUCAGAUUCACCGAGUGUUUGCACUCAAGAGAAUGGUCUGAGGAACGAUAAGGUUAUUGAUUUUGCGUCUUCUGAAAGGGUAACAGAAUUUUUGGAACAGAAAAGUGAUGCUACAGCCAACAUGAGGUUUGAAAUUGGCACCCAGAUAUCACUAAUGGAGGAAAAGGUCUCCAAUCUGAAGGAAUGUUCUUGUGGACUAUCCCCCUACGGUAUUCAUGAGAAGUCUGUUUCUCUGAAAUUGUUUCAAUCUUUUGAUACUGUCAACAAUGGCUCUUCUGAGAGUGUGGAUGUGCCAGAUAAGAAUGAUUCCCCUGGUAAUGUUGAUUCAAGCAUUUCAUUUGACCGUUCUGGAGAGAAAUACCAUGAAGGAAAUGAUAAUGUCAAAGUUGGUUGUGUUUCUAAACCCAAAUAUCCUGACAUUGUAGCAUUGUCUUCUCGAAGGAGUGGCCGAAGUCGCAAGACUCAGACAAAAAGGGCCCCAAGGAAAGGCAGAAGCACAUCUAAAGAGUUGCAACCACUUGGAAGCCUUGAAACUGUCUUCAAGGCUGCUGGAAGGAAGAGAAGCUGCCUUUCCAAACCAGCUCGUUCUUCUGUAUGGGGAUUAUUAGGGAGUGUAACACAAUCUUUUGAAGAGAGUAACAGGCUUGAGGUCAGUCAAGGUAAGAAUCAAGGAUCACAGAAACGAAGGAGUGGACAAAGAAGUGGACAACGGAAUCAGAGUGGUGCUGGUGGAAAUUCACAAGGGUCUAGGGGUACAAGCAGUGCUUCAACUAAUCGUGUUCGCUUGAAGGUUAAAGUGGGGAAAGAAGUGUGUAAAAGUUCUCUCUACAUCACAGUAUCUGAGGUUGUUGAUACCUCAGCAUCAACAAAUUCUGUUAAAAAAGGGAAUGGCAAUGAGGGUAAUUGGAGAAAUGCGACUGUUGGGGAGGAUAGAACUUAUCUGGAUGCUCCUGUUAUGGAUGUUGAUCUGGCUAAUAAGGACUUGGAGAGUGUUGUUCUCACAGAGAAUUCAGCUGAAGAUGUUAUUGAUAAUUUUCGUGGGGUUCCAUCUCAUUCAGUUGCUGUAUCUUCAGGAGGAUCAGUUGGGACUAGCUUUACAGAUCCUGGAACUUCACCUGAUUCAGAAAUUAUCAAUAUGGUUCCAGAUGCAGAUGUUGAGGCAAGACUGCAAGAAGAUUCUCAUGGUAAUGUUUUAACUUCUGACAAGGUUUUUGCUGCUUCUGGAGACUUUAAGAGAGGAAAUAAGAAGCAUAAAGUCCCUCAUGUGGAAAAAUGUGUUUGGGAAGGUGAUAAACUGUAUUCAGCAAGCAUGAAUAAAGAAAUGCAAUCAGAACCAGAUGCGUGCAGGCAAAGUCAGGAUUUUUUCCCUAGUGAGAUACUCACUUCAUACACCUGUGCAAAUGCUUCAAGCAACUCAUCAAGUGAUAAGGAAUCAUCUUUGGAAGCACUGCGCUUGUCAGGAGAAACUGACCAUGGAAUUUCUAGAGAUGUUCUUAGAGUGGAACUGGGUGCAGAUAAUCUUGAUGUGGGCUUAGGAUUACCAAAAUCACAAUCCUCAAAAUCUAAGGGACUGAAGCCUCCCAAGGUCAGGUCCAGAGGCUGUGACUCAGCAAGCAAGAAGGGUAAUGCUCAUAGACUGACCGAAAACCGGAAACAGUCUGCUAACAAGAAGAAAGUCAUGAUAAAGGCUGAUGGGGAUCAGGUUUCAUGCAAAGUGGAAAGUCUCCCAGAAUCAGGAGAUCACUUAGCGGACAACAAUAGGAAAACUGACUCUGUUAAUGAUUCUGAAUGCAUAGGUGUUCCUAACUUGGACAUGGUGCCUGUUGACUUAGAUAAGCAUUAUUUACCACCACGUAAUGCUUGGGUGCUCUGUGAUGAUUGUCAUAAAUGGAGGCAUAUACCAGCUGAACUUGCAGAUGUUAUAGAUGAACAAAAGUGCACAUGGACCUGUAAAGAUAACAAGGAUGAAGCCUUUGCUGAUUGCUCAAUCCCUCAAGAGAAAUCGAAUUCUGAGAUUAACGCAGAGUUGGAUAUAUCAGAUGCCUCAGGUGAUGAAGAUGCAUCUGGCACCCGAUCAAAGUACAAAGAAUUGGAAUGUUGGCGUCCAACAGUUUCUCAACAGAAUGUUGCAAGCAUAAAAACUAAUCAGUUCCUUCACCGUGGCCGUAAAACUCAGAAUAUUGACGAGAUAAUGGUUUGCCAUUGCAAACCACCUUCAGAUGGCCAGUUGGGUUGCGGAGAUGAUUGCCUGAAUCGAAUGCUUAAUAUUGAAUGUGUUCGAGGAGCCUGUCCAUGUAGAGACCUUUGUUCAAAUCAGCAGUUCCAAAAACGCCGAUAUGCCAAACUAGAGAAGUUUCGAAGUGGAAAGAAGGGUUUCGGGCUCAGGUUGCUUGAGGAUAUAUUUAAAGGGCAUUUUCUUAUUGAAUAUGUUGGAGAGGUGCUUGAUACAAAUGCUUAUGAGGCACGACAAAAAGAGUAUGCUGUGAAGGGUCACAGACAUUUCUACUUCAUGACAUUGAAUGGCAGUGAGGUAAUAGAUGCAUGUGCAAAGGGAAAUUUGGGGCGUUUCAUUAACCAUAGUUGUGAUCCUAAUUGUCGCACAGAAAAGUGGAUGGUGAAUGGAGAGAUUUGUAUAGGACUAUUUGCAUUGAGAGAUAUAAAGAAGGGUGAAGAGGUUACAUUUGACUACAACUAUGUAAGGGUUUUCGGAGCUGCUGCCAAAAAAUGUCAUUGUGGUUCAUCUGUAUGUCGGGGUUACAUAGGUGGUGAUCUUCUUGAUAGUGAAGUCAUUGUUCAAGAUGAUUCAGAUGAAGAAUAUAUGGAGCCCGUGAUGAUUCCAGAAGAUGCUGUAUCUGAAGAUAGGUCUGACAAUACGUUGCCUGCAAAUAAAGUAAUUGAUGAUUCAAUAAUUGCUAUUGGGGAAUUGGAGUAUACCACACAAAGAGAGGAGUCUGUGAAUCGAUCUGAUUCACUUGUUUCUCACAUACACGCUCCAUUGGAAUUGAAGCACUCAAGACAGAAAUUACCAUCUUCUGUCCAACCAGUUGAAGCUUCCCAACAAACAGAAGAUGUAGCUAGUAUACCCAUGCCUGUUAUUGAACAGGAAAUUUUUGGAGAAGGGGAGCCUACAGAAAAAUCCUCAAACUCCUUUGAAAGACUAGAGACUACUACGACAAAAGUGCUUACCAAAUCAUUAUCUGAUGGGACUGACGGUGACAGGAAGUCCAAGUCUGGUACUAUUGAAGCUGGACAGUUUCCUUCCAAAGUGCGUUCUAAUGUGAAAACUUCCAAAUCAUCAAGUUUUGUGAAGAAAAGCAAAGUGAAGAUUACCCCAAAUGGUAACAAAAUUCAAGUGACAGCUACCAAAUCUCACGUGCUAUCUAUCAAGCCUCAACGAUUAACAGAAGGCUCAGUUGAGGAGAAGCUUAACGAGCUGUUGGAUGGCGAAGGAGGGAUAAAUAAACGGAAAGAUUCCACUAAAGGCUACUUGAAGCUUCUGAUCCUUACUGCAGUAUCAGGUGAUAGUGGCAGUGGGGAAGUAAUUCAGAGCAAUCGAGAUCUUUCUAUGAUCCUUGAUGCACUUUUGAAAACAAAGUCACGGAUGGUUUUGAUUGAUGUAAUAAAUAAAAACGGUUUGAGAAUGCUACACAACGUAAUGAAAAAAUACAGAGAAGACUUCAAAAAGAUACCAAUCCUCCGGAAGCUUCUGAAGGUCCUAGAGUAUUUAGCUAUGAAGCAGAUACUUACAUCGGAUCAUAUUACUGGAGGUCCUCCCUGUGCUGGAAUGGAGAGCUUUAUGGAGUCAAUGCUGUCACUGACAGAACACGAAGACAGACAGGUCCACCAAAUAGCACGGAAUUUUCGAGACAAGUGGAUUCCCAGACCUUUCAGAAGACAUGGCUAUGUAGACAGGAUUGAUAGCAAGAUGGAAUUUAACAGAGGUUCAGACUGCAAUAGAUUUUCUGCAUCACAUGAUAAUUGGCGUGAUCAAAGUGGAAGGUCUACUGAAGCUAUAGAUAGUGCCAAACAAUCAAUGGUCUCAACAACUUCUGUGAGUACAGGUGUCCAGGAGGUCUCUUCCGCACCUUGUAUGGGUGGUUGCCCUACCAGUGAGACAAAAGUUCGCAAGCGUAAAAGCCGAUGGGAUCAACCUGCAGACCCAGAUUCAAGUUUACUUCAGAACAGAGAACAGAAGAGUGAGUCUGGAUUGAGUAGACAGUUGGCACCUAGUCCAUCUCUGGUGAUAGGUGAAAUGGCAUUGCAUCUGGAGAGGGUGAGUGGAGAAGAUGGAACUUGUUCCAGCAGUGUGCAUGGUAACUGUCAGCAAAAUGAUGGAACAGAGAUGAACCUUGACGAUAUUCCUCCUGGGUUUGAUGCCCCUGCGAUUUCAUCUAUGGCUUCGUCAUCACUUUGUCCUUUGAAGUGUGCUGCCCCAGCGGUAGGGCAUCCACAGGAGAAAUUUGUUUCUCGCUUACCCGUCUCAUACGGAAUUCCCGUGUCUGUCAUGCAGCAAUAUGGGACACUACAUGCUGAAACUGUAGAGACUUGGACUGUUGCUCCUGGGAUACCUUUUCAUCCUUUUCCACCAUUGCCCUCGUUUCCCCGUCAGAAGAAGGGCCCUUCACCUUCUCAUACCGUCAAUCAUGUGGCAGUUAGUCAACCUGCAGAAGGAAAACAUGACAGGUGCGUUCCUGCAACAUCUCUCUCUAAUGAAAGCAUUCCUGGCACAACAGGUGCCAAUCAGGCAGAGUUUAGCAUUCCAUGUGCAAACAACCAAUAUACAUCUAAGCGGCCGAGAGGAUUCUCAAAUGAUUUGGGAAGGAGAUACUUUAAGCAGCAGAAGUACUGGAAUAAUAAUAAUACAAAAUUUGGACCGCCAUCUUCCGGCGACAGAAAUGGGUUGGGGUGCAACGGAAACCACUCUGGUGGUGGAACAAACGGCGUCAUAGGUGUAGGAAAUGUAGUAAAUGAGCAUAGGAGUUUAUAUUAUGCCAAUGUCAAUCAGCAUCCACAACACCAUUAAUCAACAUUCUUUCAUAGGGUGAGGCUGCUUAGCUUAUUUGCUUUAUACCUCAAUGUGUUCCCCAAUUCUUUUUCCUCUGUUUUUCGGGUUUAUUUAAUCUAAAUAUUUAUUCGAUAUUCAAGUCUUGGAGUUGAAGUUCAUGAAAAUAUUGCUCCUGUAUGGUGAAGUGAUCUUGCGAAUAUUCAUCUGUCGACUCACACCUCGAAGAGGUAAGCAAUUUUUAUUUAACAUUCUCGUAGUGAUUCAUGUUUUAAGAGAAAUGAAAUGACUUAAUUAAUGUUC